AUGGAGAACUUCAAAAGCAAAUGGACGGCGGCGGUGAAUUUGACGAACUGUGAGAUUCAUUGCGCGUCGACGUGCGUCGCACUCGGCGAUUUGUUCUCCGAUGGUGAUUCCAAGCUGAUUGUCGCACAUGGAGGACAUCGAGGCCUAAACAUGAAGCUCAAGGUGUUCAAAGGAGUCGCACCAUUCGCCGAAAGUUCACUAGCUGACAUGCCCACUGCCAUUAUUCAUUUCAUCAAUGAACUGUCUUCACUUCCUUCGAUAGCCGUAGCUGCGGGACCCUCAUUGCUCAUUUACAAAAAUCUGAAGCCAUUUUAUAAGUUCACCGUUCCGUCGUCGCCGGUGAACGCUGUCGAGCAGCAGGCAUGGCAGGCAGCCGGCAGCAAGCAAAUUGGUCAUGACGAGCUGAUCACAGUGCUCGGCAAUUUGGCGAAUGAGAUUUCGUUCACCUCGCUGAGUCCGCUGUCGCAAACUCUUCUAUUAACUCCAGCUUCCGAUCGACAAUUCCUCAUCGAGAGAUACAUUCACAAGCCGAUUUCCAAUUCAGCUUCUAUCACAUGUGUCGCAAAAAUGGAAAAAUCAUCCGCCGAGGUCAUCGACGUGCUCUUGAUCGGCACCGAGCACAACGCAUUGCACAUCAUUGAUAGUCAGGCGUUCACAAUCCUUUCAACCUGUAUUCUACCGUCGGUUCCGGUUUCCAUUUGCACUCACGGGACCUAUGAAGUCGACUACCGUUUAUUUGUGCUAACUCGCGAUUCGCGAAUAUUCUCGAUUCGACGCGAGCAAAAAACCGCCGACAAGCCGAUCAUAACCUCGCCGGAAUUGAUCACCUCAUUCGUGCGCCUCAAAAAAUUCAUCGCCAUCGCAACAUCGGACAAUCGAAUAUGCUUCUACACGUUCAAAGGCAAAAAAAUGAAUCAAGUGAAGUGCGAGAAGAAAAUUCGACUUUUGGAGCGAUUCGAGUACAAACAAAAACAAUACGCCGCCGUCAUCGCAAUGUUUGACAACGAGUUGCGUCUUUACGACGAAGGCUAUAUGCUGGAUAUUCUCAAAUUCGACAAAACCCUCUCAUGGAUCAAAUUCGGGAAUUAUGGACGUGAAGAAGGCGCUCUUGUCAUAUGCUUCAAAGAUGGGUCGGUGUGCGUUCGAAUGUUCCGCCGAUUGGCCAACUUCGACGAGAAGAUGGAUUUCAAUCCACGACCGCCCGUCCAUAGCAUCAAACUGCAGAUUCCAAAGAAGACGAAGGUGUUCAUUGAUCAGACGGUUCGGGAGAAGGACAACGCCGGCAAAAUCAAUCAAGCCUACCAGAAGGACCUAUUCCUAUUGCGCUGUCGGAUCGCCGAGGUGUUCAGCGAUCUCACCGCCAGCGCUCAUUCGGUCGUCUCGAACAACGCCCAAAUUCCAAUCGACAUCUCCGUGGACAUUCACGGUUUCGGACCAUCAUUCCGAAUGACGAUCUACGUCGUCUCGUCAGCUAAAACGAACCUCUACAACAUGUGGCUGUCAGCGGUGUGCGAUCCCGGAAUGUACAACUUCGAUUCGCCGUUGAUCCCAGUGUCGUUCCUCUCGCCUGGUCACAAGUACUCCUACACAACAUUGCUGACGUGCAAGGAUCCCGAGAAGGCGACGCAAGAGGAGAUCCGUGUGAUACUGGUCCACCAAGAUCGUCCCACUCCGAUUGUGACAGCGCUCAUCAAAAUGCCGAUCAGCGAAUUUGCGAUUGAUUAA